AUGCCGGCCCGGCAAAAAAUUUUGGGUAGCACCCUGAAAGAUCCACUGAAAUUUAUCAAGCCGAACUUUCUGAUGAAUCUCGACUCUGCCUUACUUGGCUUGUCGGAGCUCAAAUAUCGUCACAUUCUCUACGGCUGCGGCGCAUUCACCCAGACGACCGAUUCCCAGCAGCUUGGUUAUUACGACAUCGCCGCAAAGCGUGUGCGCACAUGGUUAAACCCUCCGAAGCCCGAAUUACAACAGAAGGAUGUUCAAGAAAACGAAGUCGUUCAGAAUGUCUUGAAAUCCAUGGAUAGCGACCAGCUGACCGCGCUCGGGUUUGAUGCGAACACAUUGGUAGUCGAAGAGCCAGUCGUCUCGCCUCCCUCUGCCUCCCAAGCACCAGUCUGCGAUCGAUGCCACGACUUGAUACAUCACAAUGCCAAGUCAGCCUCUGGCCGAGUGCCGAUGUUUCACCCCACAGUCGAGUCGCUGCGAGAGACAAUCGAAGAAUCACCGCAUAAAUAUAAUCACAUAUACCACGUCAUCGAUGCCGCCGACUUUCCGAUGUCACUGAUCCCAAGAUUGAAUGUCUUGCUUGGCGACAUUCCCCUCCGAACUCGCAACAGACGUUCACGAUCGAGCAAGUUUCUCCGCGACCGACAAACGGAACUAAGCUUCAUCAUCACCCGCAGCGACCUUCUAGGACCUACAAAGCAAUCAGUCGAUGCGCUCAUGCCCUACCUCCGAGAAGUGUUGCGAGAUGCCCUCGGCCGUUUGGGCGGCAGAGUGCGUCUUGGCAAUGUUCGCUGCGUGAGUGCCAGCCACGGCUGGUGGACAAGAGAUGUAAAAGAGGAUAUCUGGCGGAGGGGCGGUGCUGGAUGGAUGGUUGGAAAGGUUAAUGUCGGAAAAAGCCGUCUGUUUGAGGAAGUCUACCCAAAAGGCCGUCUAGAUCACCCGGACGCUUCGGUCGCACCCACGGCCAUUGGCCAGAUUUCACCCGAGGCAGAAGAGGUGGAUGUCGGGGACUUGCUGCCACCUGCCCGAGGAGUUACCAACUAUCCAGCUAUGCCUCUUGUGUCUUCGCUUCCUGGAACAACGGCAUCGCCCAUUCGGAUCCCCUUUGGCAACAAGAAAGGGGAGCUGAUUGACUUGCCUGGAUUGGCUCGCAGCGAUUUGGACUUGUUUGUCAAAGAAGAGCACAGGCAGUCUCUGAUAAUGAAGAAGCGCAUCGUGCCAGAGCAGGCCACCAUCAAGCCUGGUCAGUCUCUCGUUCUGGGCGGCGGCUUGAUCCGCAUCACCCCUUCAUCAGAGAACACGAUAUUCCUGAUGUACAACUUUACACCGCUGGAGGACCACAUCACGAGCAACGAAAAGGCGGCUGAUUUCCAAGCGCAGGCGAAGGUUUCUGGGGCUCAGGAAAACAUCUCUCUUCCGGCCACAGCGGCGACGAUUAAGCAUGCGGGCAGGUUUACCCUACAACAUGACGUUACCAGACAAAGAGCUGGGCCUUUGACGAGGAAAAAUUCUCUCGGUCUCAGCGUUGACCGACUUCCGUUUCGUGUCCUGUCGGUCGACAUCCUGAUUGAAGGUGUCGGCUACGUCGAGAUUGUUGCCCAAGUUCGCACUCGAAGCCUCUACCGGCAAAGGGAACAUGAUAGCAGAAUGGAGAGCGGAAAGAGCGCAGUGGAUGCGCAGAGCGCGGAAGAGAAAGCAUCGUCGCCAGCGUUGGCUUUGGACCCUUUUGAAGACAUGAUGCGUCAACGGCGAGAUAACGACAAGACCAAUCAUCGAACCGAGCAGCCAAACCCUGCAACAAAGCGACAAGAGGAGCAGCAGUCCUACGAAGUUGACCUUCCCGCAGUUGAUAUAUAUACUCCAGAGGGACGAUUCGUUGAGGCAAGGAAGCCUAUUAAUGGAUGGCUCAACAAUAAGCCGAGAGUCCUUGCAGAGCAUAAGAAGAGUCGACCCAGAAAAAGCAUGAAGGGCCAAAAGAAGAAGGUCAACGGGCGGUCGGUGCAAUGGGCCGAGGACGUGGUGGACAAUGAGGGCCUGGGCAGGAAGAGCUCUAAAGUGUGCUGCAUCUACCACAAGCCAAAGGCCGUAGACGAAUCGAGCGACGAGUCCAGCUCCGAUUCGUCGUCAGACUCGGAAUCGGAUUACGAAGAGGACAUGCGACGUGGCAAAGGACGCAGUGGGCGGGGUCACGACAAGGACGGGGAGCCCGAGGGGUGCAGUCACUCACACGGCCACGAUCACGGCAAGCCGCGCGAGAAGCAGAAGCGGCCGCCGAGCCCGAAUGCAUACGAAAAGGUCCCAAAGCCGAAGCGAAAGGACGAGUCGAUAGAGAAGAAAUAG